AAUACUGCCCAGUCACAACUCACGAGUCGUCGGAAGGUGUGUUUAGACUGGGAGAGUUAGAACUUUUGUUGAGCCUGGGAGAGCUGAACCUGUAUCGUUCCGAUUGGUAAAUGCAAUGGGUCCUCCCAACAAUAAGAAAGGUCCUGGCCUUGCCGUUGAUGCUCUUGAACUUCGAAGAGAGCGGCAACGAGCCCGUUGUGCCGCAAUGACAGAUGAGCAAAGAGAGGAAAAGAACAGGAAGCGUCGUGAGGCAUACAGACGGAAAAAGAGCUAUGCAAACAAGGAAAAUGAACCAGGUUGUAACAUACAUGUUUUCAAAUCGAGUAAUGCUGAUACUAAUAUAGCCAAACAUCCAACAGGAAUUUCUGGCCUGAGACGAGAAAGUGACAGGGCCCUGAGUGACUUGAAUUCAAAUGAUAAAAGGCUUGAAACGAACAAGAAGAUGCGUGAAGCUUAUCCGAUGAAGAAAGACGUAACCAAGGGCGCAAAAAUUUCAUCAGAUUUAAAUUUCAAGGAUGGUGCUGCUGAAGAACAUGCACACAUCUCUAGCACUGUCCAGCUUCUGCCCGCUAAUGAUUUAAAUUUCAAUGAUGGUGCUGAUGAACAACAUAUAGAAUGCGUCUCGUGCACUGCGCCAACCAACGAGCAUCCCCCCACUGAUGACGAAAAUGAUGCACCCAUCACCAGCACUCCUAUCGUUGAGCAUCCCGCUGAUUCGACCCCGGUGGGUACGGUGGAGUCUAAUCUCUCUGACGCAUAUACAGAUGUACCACCAGGUGCGUGGAAUCUUUGGUUUUGACCAAAUGAUUGGGAUAUAUAAUGUGCAACUACCUGUCCAAAUUCUUCAUUUUGUAUACUGUAUACGUUUUUAAUAUUAAAUUUCAUACUGCUGGCU